UGAGGCUUAAAAUUGCAUGGUAAAGAUCACUACAACCUUAGCAACUUUGCAAAGGCAAAAAUUAAAUCCAUACAAACUCAAGCAACCACCACCACAUUCAUGAGUUCUCAACAAGAAAACGACCACCACCACCCCAACCUCCUUCCACCGGUCCAAGUCAAGCCUCCGCCCACCUCCCCAGCCUUCUCAAUCACCUUCUCCACCCCAACAUCCGUCAGCCCUUUGACCCCAACCCACCGCCGUAUCGCCAUUGCCGUAGACCUCAGCGAUGAAAGCGCUUUCGCCGUGAAAUGGGCAAUCGAAAACUACCUCCGCCCGGGCGACGCAGUCAUCCUCCUCCACGUCCGCCCGACCUCCAUCCUCUACGGAGCUGACUGGGGGUCCAGCACCCCCACCUCCACCGUUACACCUCCAUCCUCUCCUUUCCAAGCCCACGCCACCUCUCACGACCAAAAACUCGAAGAAGAUUUCGAUAACUUGACGAACUCGAAGGCCACAGGCUUAGCACAACCAUUAGUAGAGGCCCACGUGCCAUUCAAGAUUCAUAUAGUGAAGGAUCAUGAUUUGAAGGAGCGGCUGUGUUUGGAGGUGGAAAGGUUGGGGUUGAGCGCGGUGAUCAUGGGGAGCAGAGGCUUUGGGGCGUCGAGGAAGAAUAGUAAAGGCAGGCUUGGGAGUGUGAGUGAUUAUUGUGUGCACCAUUGUGUGUGCCCGGUGGUGGUGGUGAGAUAUCCUGGGGACAACAAUGAAGGCAGAAAUGGCGGUGUUGAGGUUGUGAAGAAGACGGCUGCCGUGAUUAAUGAGGCGGUGCUCCACCCUCUUCCAGAGGAGGAGCAUGAAACGAACGAAGAAGAUGCAUGACCUGUUGCUAUAAGAAGUUAGAUAUGGUUUUAACAAAAGCAGAUGUUUGUAUUAAAUGAAUUCCUGUUUUCCCCAUUAUUUUCUGAUUUUGAUCACCUUGCUCUUUUCUUCUCCAAAAAAAAAAAAAAAUCUUGGAUUUUCAAGUUGUCCGCAUCUUUGUUUUUGAAUAGCACCAUAAGCAUAGUAUGUACUACAUAGAUAUACAAAUGUACUGUAUAAUAUACAGUAUAUGUGUGUAUAGGUUAAAUUGUCUGUAUAACAUAGCUUUUAUUCAGAGUUACCUCAAGAGAUGUAGAAUUGGAUGAUAUUUUUAUCCUAAGGCAGUGAUUAACAAGUCAAAAUACUCGAGUUUUCCACA